CUUCUUCUUCUUCUGCUCUUCGAUUCGAAAUCUCUCAAUCCGAUCAUUUUAUUAUUGGGUUUUUCAUCAUCUCUGGAUGGCGACUGAACCAACUUCCAAACGUGUGAAACUGAUAGGCUCCAAAGGUCUCAUCAAAGAGUCUGAAGUCAUUAGGAUCAUCACUGAGGCUCUUUACUCGCUUGGAUAUGGUGAAAGUGGGAUCCGUCUCGAGAAAGAAUCUGGCAUUCCUCUGCACAGCACUAUCGUUAAGCUGUUUCUGGAACAAGUGAAUAAUGGAGAGUGGGACAAAAGCAUUGUUACAUUGAAGGGAAUUCAAUUGCAGAACGAAAAGGCUGUCACUUUCUUGCUACUAGAGCAAAAAUUCUUUGAGUUUCUCAAGUUGGAGAAGGAUACUGAUGCUCUGGGAAUCUUAAGAAAAGAGAUGUUGCCUCUUGGUGUUAACAACAAGCGUGUUCAUGAGCUCGCAUCCGUACUAAUAUCAGCUUCUGGCAAAGAUGCAGAAUGUGUGAAUCCAGGGUCUAAGGUUGUGGAGAAACUGCAAAACUUGUUUCCUCCUGCAAUUCUUAUCCCAGAAAAGAGAUUGGAGUAUCUCUUAGAGAUGGACCUUGAUUCUCAGAUGUCUUGCUGUGAGUUCCAUAAUAUUCCGGAUAGUGACUUGUCCCUAUACUCUCAUCAUCACUGUGGGAUCCAUAAUAUUCCUUCUGAGACUUUAGAGACUUUGGAGAAACAUACGGAUGAAGUCUGGUUCUUGAAAUUCUCACACAAUGGCAAAUAUUUGGCUUCAUCGUCCAAGGAUAAAUCAGCAAUUAUAUGGGAGAUCGAUGCACAGGGGAAGUUUUCAGAGAAGCAUAAACUAUUGGGACAUGUGAAUCCCGUGGCAAUGGUUUUGUGGAGUCCUGAUGAUAAACAAGUCCUUACAUGUGGAGAAGAUGAGGUUAUCAAGCGCUGGGUUGUUGAUUCAGGAGAAUGUGUCCAAACGUAUGAAACAGAUGGUGUUGGCUCUGUUUCUUGUGGAUGGUUUCAUGAUGGUUCAGGUAUAAUUGGUGGAAUGGCAGAUAGGCGCAUCUGUUUGUGGAACUUAGACGGGACUGAGAUAGAGCACGAGCAAGUUCAAAGGGAACAGAAGCUUUCUGAUGUAGCCAUGACGGCUGAUGGGAAGUGGCUUGUAAGCGUGGGAAGGGUGUGUGAGAUCUCAUUGUUUAACAGAGAAACCAGAGCUGUGAGACUGAUCCCAGAGGAAGACAUGAUUACCUCGUUCUCGCUUUCGAAAGACAACAAGCAUCUUCUGAUCAAUCUCAUUACCCAGAAGAUCCAUAUGUGGAACAUUGAAGGCGAACCAUAUUUGUGUUCUGAAUAUACUGGCCACAAACGUAGUCGGUUUAUUAUCAGGUCUUGCUUUGGUGGCUAUAAAGACAGUUUCAUCGCCAGUGGGAGUGAAGAUUCUCAGGUGUACAUAUGGAAAAUACUAAGACCACAGAAGGAACCUUGUAGCGUAUUGCGAGGACACUCAGGAGCUGUGAACUGUGUGAGCUGGAACCCGACUGACCUGCAUAUGUUGGCUUCAGCAAGUGACGAUGGAACCAUUCGGAUUUGGGGACGUGACAAGAAGUUGGAAGUGAUUCAAUGCUAACAGAGGAUGGUGACUUAGACAGCAAGUUUAUUCAUUUGACAUUCAUCAUGUACAUAUGAUGUAAAUAUAUUCUACUUUUAGUGUUGUGGGUUGUUGUAUAUUUUCAUCCUCGUGAUAUUUGGUUUCACAUCUUCUGACCAUAA